AUGGACAUGGUGUUUGAGAAGGUGUUGGACCUUCGCACUCUGUGUUACAUUGAUGAUAUCAUCAUCGCGACGGACACGGUGCUGGAAAUGAUGCAGCGGUUGGAGAAG